GGGAACCAGGCUGCGGUCUGGGCUGCGCUCGACCGGUUGCUCUGGGACGUGGGAAGUAAAAGGCUUAUCGUGAACACUUAGUUGUCUUCUCUCCUCCUAGGAACAGCAAGUCGUGCAGUGAAGGACCCAUAGAACACUACAUCAGGUUUAUUCGUCUAUUUCUCGAAACGACACUUAUAAACGUGUACAAUGCCUACAUCAUGGAGUCCAACAAACAAUGACUUCCAACCAUACAGAUCUAGAGAAAUUCUUGUGAGGGAUUCCAAAGAUGAGCCAUCCGACACAACAAGCAAAGGUUUCAUUGAAGAUUCCAUUCCUACUGUGGAUAAGGAUAACGUGGAAAGCUCGGGUCACACUCCUGAAGACAGCCUAGCAGUUGCGAGUGAAAUUAGCUCUGACAGUGAUGAGCCAUCCGACACAACAAGCAAAGGUUUCAUUGAAGAUUCCAUUCCUACUGUGGAUAAGGAUAACGUGGAAAGCUCGGGCCACACUCCUGAAGACAGCCUAGCAGUUGCGAGUGAAAUUAACUCUGACAGUGAUGAGCCAUCCGACACAACAAGCAAAGGUUUCAUUGAAGAUUCCAUUCCUACUGUAGAUAAGGAUAACGUGGAAAGCUCGGGCCACACUCCUGAAGACAGCCUAGCAGUUGCGAGUGAAAUUAACUCUGACAGUGGAGAUGGUUGCGAUUCAGUGGAUCCAGUCAGAAAAGCACCAAAGAGAGGCACAAAGAAUUCUUGUGUCAGUGCUAUAGUGAUUUGGGCGCUCUUCUGUGUUCCAAGUGUGACAGGACCGUCUCCACAAAAGGUUUGCUGGGAUUUACAAUCAAACUGCUCAAGAUAUAAAGAUGAUAAAUUUUGCAAACCAGGGAUUGAUAAGGAUAUCAAUGAGAAAGUACCAUGGUUAUUUAAAAACUGCCAGAGGACUUGCAUCUGUGAUAAACUGACAAAAGAAAACACCACUGACAAAAACCAAGCUUGCAUAACAUUCCAAUAUGAUUCGGAAUGUCUACAACGACCACCAGCAGAAGAAUUCAGGAACAAAUGCCCAUUCACCUGCUACUACUCCCGGACACCAGAACUGGAAGGUUUCCUGACAUCGCCUAAAAACAAGACCAUUAAAGAAGGCAUGAAUGUUUCUUUGGAGUGCUCCAUUAACAGCACAAGUCCACGGGUCAAUUUCACUUGGUUCAAGAAUGAUAUUCCAGUUGACCUUGGUAAAACAGUGCAGAACAAUUCCUAUACCAGUAUUCUCAUCAUUGGGGCAGCUCUAUCUGAUGAGGGAGAAUACCACUGUAGAGCGACCAACAGUGACUAUGGACAGGUGCUAUCUGUGAAUAGCUCUAGGGGAAUCUUGUCCAUCGAAAAAGGGCCUACUACAAUCUUAAUCAGUAUCCUGGUGCCGGGAGGGCUGGUGUUUCUGGUUGUGGUGGUGGUGGUGGUGGUGUUUCUGGGGGUGCUGAAGUCCAGGAAGCACAAUGAGAAUAAUAAUGAGCAAAAAGAGCACAUGGGCCUACUACAAUCUUAAUCAGUAUCCUGGUGCCGGGAGGGCUGGUGUUUCUGGUUGUGGUGGUGGUGGUGGUGGUGUUUCUGGGGGUGCUGAAGUCCAGGAAGCACAAUGAGAAUAAUAAUGAGCAAAAAGAGC